AUGGGUGAGAGCGGUACUGCCGUGGCUGCCCAGGAGCAGAAGCAAGUCGCCGACAGCCACAAAAACGACGCCGUUUGCAGCUCCGGCGACACUCCUCCGCCGUCUGAUCGCCCGGUUCGUGUGUACGCCGAUGGGAUCUACGAUCUCUUCCAUUUCGGCCAUGCUCGAUCCCUCGAACAGGCCAAGAAGCUGUUCCCAAAUACAUACUUGCUCGUCGGGUGCUGCAGUGAUGAGGUCACACACAAGUAUAAAGGAAAGACAGUUAUGACCGAAUCCGAGCGCUAUGAAUCCCUUCGUCAUUGCAAGUGGGUUGACGAGGUUAUUCCUGAUGCCCCAUGGGUGAUUAAUCAAGAGUUCCUCGACAAGCAUAAUAUAGAUUACGUGGCUCAUGAUUCUCUUCCUUAUGCUGAUACAAGCGGAGCUGGAAAGGAUGUUUAUGAAUUUGUCAAAGCUGUGGGAAAAUUUAAAGAGACUCAAAGGACUGAUGGAAUUUCGACCUCUGAUAUUAUUAUGAGGAUAGUUAAGGAUUAUAAUCAGUAUGUGAUGCGCAAUUUGGAUCGUGGGUAUUCAAGAAAGGAGCUUAAUCUUAGUUAUGAAAAGCGUCUUAGGGUGAGUAUGAGACUGAAGAAGUUGCAGGAAAAAGUCAAGGAGCAGCAAGAGAAGGUGGGGGAGAAGAUACAAACUGUUGCUAAAACAGCCACCAUGAACCGUAACAUGUGGGUUGAAAAUGCCGACCGGUGGGUUGCUGGAUUCCUUGAGAUGUUCGAGGAAGGCUGCCAUAAAAUGGGAACUGCCAUUAGGGAUCGAAUUCAAGAACGACUCAAGGGACAAAGGGCUUUGAUGAAUGGGGAUGAGAGUGACGAUGAGUAUUAUUACGAUACGGACGAUGAAGAAUAUUAUUACGAAGAUGAAGAAUAUUACGACAGUGACGAGAAAUGA